CAGAUUUGCACAAUCACCAUGCGGGGCGACCAUCGCACCAACAGCAUAAGCAUGGACAGGUCCAGCGACGACAGCGGCGAGCGGUCCCCGCUCCUUCGGGCAAUGCGAAACUCUUAUCACGAGGAAACGAUGUAUCAAUCCAUCCAUCCUGCCAAUGCAUCCUUCUCGUCCCCCCGCGAGACCGAGACCAAUGACUUGCGAAGCAUGCGCCCGUUUCGGCCGAUUGUGUACGCAGAGCAGUCCCUCGCUGUCCUGCUAAAUGGCGUCAUGAUCUACGUGAUGUGCGUCUUCGUUGGCUUCGGUCUCAUAGCUCUGAACGCCGACAACGUGCUUGGCCCGGCACGCCACUGGAACUGGUGGGUGGUCUUCUUGCCGUUCUGGGUUGCCAACCUCGUCAUGCUUGGUGCGCAUGUCCUGUCCAUCCGCGCUGCCACAGAGUUGCGUCAAUGGGCCGAGACGGACAUGAUGUCCAACGAGCCGCUGCUCCCACUGUUGCGCAAGAUCCUGCUGCUGUACGCCGUGAGCAUGCCGCUCUGCUUCCUCCUCUUCUGGGCCGAAGUCGCCUUCUGCGCCAUUCUCAGCGACUCGUCCGAUAUCAGCGUCUACGUCGCUUACGCUCCGCUCAUGAUCAUUGAAGUCGGCUACGUCGUGCGUUAUCUCCUCUGCAAGUCCAGGACCACCCUCCCCGGCGUGUCUUGGAUCCUGCUGUUUACAUUUACACUCCUUCUCGCCCACAACUCGGACAUCGCCGCGAAGCCGACGUCGGCCAACUCGGCGGGGCUGCCCUGGGUCGCAGUCUUUGCCCCGCUGUUUGUCCUCCAACUGGUCCUCUUUGGCUCGCUCGCUGUCGUGCUAUACAUGCAAGCCGCCGGCCUCUACCGCCUCAAUUCCACCCAAGUGCGCGCCACGGCGCUGUACUCCAUCGCCCUCGUCGCCGCGACCACUGGCCAAAUCAUGCUGGUGCAGCACAUGGAGCUACAACAAGGUGCCGACAGAGCGACGGCAACUGAAAUGGACGUGCCGUCACUGCUGCUCUUCACCGCGUGGAUCGUUGCCAGCGCGGGGCUAUACAUAGUCUGUCGGCAAGAAGUCGCCAAACUCAUGGCGUCCCGCGGCGGCGCGGUGCCGGUCCCGCUGACGCGGACGGCCGACGGAUGGGUCACCAACCACGCCGUGAUGGACCGAUGGAUGCUUCUCGGUGACGUCUCGCUCACCGGCGUAGGGCUGGCGCGACGGUCGGCGGGAGUCCGCAAACGCACCGCCAGCGACAUCGAAGGGGAGAUGAACUCGGAAGGGUACUCGUGGCUGCGCCACGUAUUCACGUCAACGUGGCUGAGGUGCUGCUGCUGCUUGGGCAGCACUACCCGAGACUUGGUACCGGACGAUCAGAUCCCCGAAGGUCGUCUCAACACCAGCGGCACCAAAGCCCGGAGAAACUCGGGCAGCUAUAGCAACGUGUUGGUGGAGGCGGACGUCAGUCAGUCGUAACUGACUCAUCGUUACAUGCAAGUAACGGGUGAUUAGCCUUAAAGUUUAUAAUAUGGGACACGUUAUGUUAUCCA